UCCAGACCUCCCAAAGCCACCGCGGUUUAGCAGCCUCACACUAGCCUCGGUCGGGGUGGAGGAGCAAAAGAGGCUUUUUCCCGCGCUAGACGCCCAGCUACAGCGCGCACCUGGGGUGCCCGCCAGGUUUGGGAGGAGGGGUCGGCACCAAGAGGUCCCCAACUUUGGCUGGAACCUUGCUCUGCACAGGCCUGCUGCUGUAUCCCAUGUGAAAAGCAGGAAAGAAAAUGAAGAUUUUUCAGUGCAAGAUGCAGUACUCUCUGUUUCAAGCUUUUUUGGCAGUUGCUUAUUUUUACACCAGUGUCCAGGGUCAAGUGGCUCCACCCACACGGUUAAGAUAUAAUGUAUUAUCUCAUGAUAGUAUACAGAUUUCAUGGAAGGCGCCAAGAGGGAAAUUUGGUGGAUACAAACUUCUUGUGACUCCAGCAUCAGGUGGAAAAACCAAUCAACUGAAUCUCCAGAACACUGCAACUAAAGCAAUUAUUCAAGGUCUUCUGCCAGACCAGAAUUACACAGUUCAACUUAUUGCAUACAGUAAAGACAAAGAAAGCAAGCCAGCCCAAGGUCAAUUCAGAAUUAAAGAUUUAGAAAAAAGAAAGGAGCCAAAACCCAGAGUCAAGGUUGUGGACAAAGGAAAUGGGAGUAAACCAUCUUCACCAGAAGAAGUGAAAUUUUUCUGUGAAACUCCAGCGAUCGCUGAUAUUGUAAUCCUGGUUGAUGGUUCCUGGAGUAUUGGAAGAUUCAACUUCAGACUGGUUCGGCUUUUCUUGGAAAACCUGGUUACAGCGUUCGACGUGGGCUCAGAGAAGACACGAAUUGGUCUUGCACAGUAUAGCGGAGACCCCAGAAUAGAAUGGCACUUGAAUGCCUUUAACACAAAAGAUGAGGUGAUCGAUGCUGUCCGAAAUCUACCAUACAAGGGAGGAAAUACACUAACAGGUCUUGCUUUGAACUACAUUUUUGAAAAUAGCUUUAAACCAGAAGCAGGAGCAAGGUCUGGAGUGUCCAAAAUUGGCAUUUUAAUCACAGAUGGCAAGUCCCAAGAUGAUAUUAUUCCACCAUCCAGAAACCUUCGUGAGUCUGGUGUGGAACUGUUUGCCAUAGGGGUGAAAAACGCCGAUGAGAAUGAACUGCAGGAGAUCGCCUCCGAACCGGACAGCACUCAUGUGUACAAUGUCGCCGAGUUUGACCUGAUGCACACAGUUGUGGAGAGCCUGACUAGGACCGUCUGCUCCAGGGUGGAGGAACAGGACAAGGAGAUCAAAGCCUCAGCCCUUGCCACCAUUGGGCCGCCUACAGAGUUGAUUACCUCUGAAGUCACUGCCAGAAGCUUUAUGGUGAACUGGACUCAUGCCCCAGGAAAAGUGGAAAAGUACAGAAUUGUGUAUUAUCCUGCCAGGGGUGGAAAACCAGAAGAGGCGGUGGUGGAUGGAAGUGUAUCGUCCACAGUGUUGAAGAACUUGAUGUCUUUAACUGAAUAUCAGAUAGCCGUCUUCGCAAUAUAUGCCCACACUGCUAGUGAAGGCCUACGGGGAACUGAAACUACGCUUGCUUUACCUAUAGCUUCUGACCUUGAGCUGUAUGAUGUGACUGAGAACAGUCUGAGGGCAAAAUGGAAUCCGGUGGCUGGAGCCUCAGGGUACCUGAUCCUCUACGCUCCUCUCACGGAGGGCCUGGCUGGGGAUGAAAAAGAGAUGAGAAUUGGAGACACCCACACAGACAUUGAAUUGAGGGGGCUGUUACCCAAUACGGAAUACACAGUUACGGUUUAUGCUAUGUUUGGAGAAGAGGCCAGCGAUCCUGUUACAGGACAAGAAACAACACUGCCCUUAAGUCCACCCAGAAACCUGAGAAUCUCCAAUGUUGGCUCUAACAGUGCUCGGUUAGCCUGGGACCCAUCUUCAGAAAAGAUCAGUGGUUAUCGAAUUGUAUAUAACAAUGCAGACGGGACUGAAAUCAAUGAGGUUGAAGUUGAUCCUGUUACUACAUUCCCUCUGAAAGGCUUGACGCCCCUCACGGAGUAUACUGUUGCCAUCUUCUCCAUCUAUGAUGAAGGGCAGUCAGAACCUCUGACAGGAAUUUUCACCACAGAGGAAGUUCCAGCCCAGCAAUACUUGGAAAUUGAUGAGGUGACGACAGAUAGUUUUAGAGUGACCUGGCAUCCCCUCUCUGCUGAUGAAGGGCAACACAAGUUGAUGUGGAUUCCAGUCUAUGGUGGGAGGGCCGAAGAGAUUGUCCUCUUAGAAGACCAAGACUCUUAUGUUGUUGAAGGCCUGGAGCCUGGCACUGAGUAUGAAGUUUCACUGCUGGCUGUACUGGACGAUGGAAGUGAGAGUGAGGUGGUGACUGCUGUUGGGACCACACUUGACAGUUUUUGGACGGAACCAGCCACGACUAUAGCACCUACCAGACCUGUGACUUCAGUUUUCCGGACAGGAAUCAGAAACCUGGUUGUAGAUGAUGAAACCACUUCUAGCCUGCAUGUAAAAUGGGACAUUUCAGACAGCAGCGUGCAGCAGUUCAGGGUCACCUACCUGACUGCUCAAGGGGACCCUGCGGAAGAAGUGGUGGGAACGGUUAUGGUGCCUGGAAGCCAGAACAAUCUCCUUCUGAAGGCUCUGCUUUCCAAUACGGAAUACAAAGUCACAGUGACUCCCAUCUACGAUGACGGAGAAGGUGUGAGUGUCUCCGCCCCUGGAAAAACCUUGCCACCCUCUGGGCCCCAAAACUUACGGGUCUCAGAAGAAUGGUAUAACAGGUUGCGCAUUUCAUGGGAUCCCCCGUCUUCCCCUGUAAAGGGCUAUAGAAUUGUCUACAAACCCGUGAGUGUUGCUGGCCCAACACUGGAAACUUUCGUGGGAGCUAACAUUAACACCAUUCUUAUCACCAACCUCCUCAGUGGAAUGGACUACAAUGUGAAAAUAUUUGCCUCCCAGGCCUCAGGCUUCAGCGAUGCUCUGACGGGCGUGGUGAAAACAUUGUUUUUGGGUGUGACCAAUCUCCAAGCAGACCAGAUUCAAAUGACCAGCUUGUGUGCUCGGUGGCAGGUGCAGCGUCAUGCCACUGCCUACAGGGUCGUUAUAGAGUCCGUCCAGGAUACAAAAAAGCAAGAAACCAUUGUGGGUGGAGGGACAACCAGGCAUUGCUUCUACGGACUUCAGCCUGAUUCAGAAUAUAAAAUCAGUGUUUAUACAAAGCUCCAGGAGAUCGAGGGACCUAGUGUGAGCAUAAUGGAAAAAACACAAUCCCCUCCUACUCAACCACCUACUUUUCCUCCUACCGUUCCACCAGCAAAAGAAGUAUGUAAAGCUGCCAAGGCAGACCUGGUGUUUAUGGUGGAUGGAUCCUGGAGCAUUGGAGAUGAAAAUUUCAAUAAGAUCAUUAACUUUCUGUAUAGCACUGUUGGAGCCCUGAACAAGAUUGGUGCAGAUGGAACUCAGGUUGCAAUCGUUCAGUUCACCGAUGACCCCAGAACAGAAUUUAAACUGGAUGCUUACAAAAACAAAGAGACUCUUCUUGAUGCAAUUAAACAUAUUUCAUACAAAGGAGGGAAUACAAAAACAGGAAAAGCAAUUAAGCAUGUCCGAGAUACCUUGUUCACUGAAGAGUCAGGUACCAGAAGGGGCAUCCCAAAGGUCAUCGUGGUUAUAACUGAUGGAAGAUCACAAGAUGAUGUGAACAAAAUCUCCAAGGAGAUGCAGUCUGAUGGCUACAGCAUUUUUGCUGUUGGUGUGGCUGAUGCAGAUUACUCGGAGUUGGUUAGCAUUGGCAGCAAGCCCAGCGCCCGCCAUGUCUUCUUUGUUGAUGACUUUGACGCCUUUAAGAAAAUUGAAGAUGAGUUGAUUACUUUUGUCUGUGAAACUGCAUCAGCAACCUGCCCACUGGUGCACAAAGAUGGCACUGAUAUUGCAGGAUUUAAGAUGAUGGAAUUGUUUGGUUUGGUUGAAAAGGAUUUUUCAUCGGUGCAAGGAGUUUCCAUGGAGCCUGGUACCUUUAAUGUUUAUCCCUGUUACCGCCUUCAUACAGAUGCCCUGGUUUCCCAGCCAACCAAGUAUUUGCAUCCAGAAGGAUUACCCUCUGACUACACCAUCAGUUUUCUAUUCCGGAUUCUUCCUGACACUCCGGAGGAGCCAUUUGCCAUUUGGGAGAUUUUAAAUAAAAAUUCUGACCCAUUGGUUGGAGUCAUUUUAGAUAAUGGUGGGAAAACCCUAACAUAUUUCAACUAUGACUACAGUGGGGAUUUUCAGACUGCUACUUUUGAAGGACCUGAAGUUAGGAAAAUUUUCUAUGGAAGCUUUCAUAAGCUGCACAUUAUUGUCAACAAGACUUUGGCUAAAGUGGUUAUUGACUGCAAGCAAGUGGGUGAGAAGGCAAUAAAUGCGUCAGCUAAUAUCACGUCGGAUGGUGUGGAAGUCCUAGGGAGAAUGGUUAGAUCAAGAGGACCAAAUGGAAACUCUGCACCAUUCCAGCUACAGAUGUUUGAUAUCGUUUGUUCCACAUCAUGGGCCAAUGAAGACAAAUGCUGUGAACUGCCAGCCCUGAGGGACGAGGAGACCUGCCCAGAGCUUCCACAUUCCUGCUCUUGUUCUGAAAUCAGUAAAGGGCCUCUGGGACCAGCAGGCCCACCAGGUGGUCCAGGACUCCGAGGACCAAAGGGUCAACGAGGUGAACAGGGCCCAAAGGGACCAGAUGGCCCUCGAGGUGAAACAGGCCCUCCAGGACCUCAGGGUCCCCCUGGACCCCAAGGACCAAGUGGUCUUUCCAUUCAAGGAAUGCCUGGAAUGCCGGGUGAAAAAGGAGAGAAAGGAGAGACCGGCCUUCCUGGCCCACAGGGUAUCCCGGGGGCUGUUGGUUCACCAGGACGUGAUGGCUCUCCAGGCCAGCGGGGCUUUCCUGGAAAGGAUGGCUCUUCUGGCCCUCCAGGACCGCCAGGGCCAAUUGGCAUUCCUGGAGCCCCCGGAGUCCCAGGGAUCACAGGAAGCAUGGGACCCCAAGGUGCCCUGGGACCACCUGGUGUCCCUGGAGCAAAGGGAGAGCGAGGAGAACGAGGUGACCUUCAGUCUCAAGCUAUGGUGAGAGCAGUGGCACGUCAGGUGUGCGAACAGCUCAUCCAAAGUCACAUGGCCAGUUUCACAGCCAUCCUCAACCAGAUUCCCAGCCACUCUUCAUCUAUCCGGACCAUCCAAGGGCCUCCUGGGGAGCCUGGGAGACCAGGCUCACCUGGGACCCCUGGUGAACAGGGACCACCAGGGACCCCAGGCUUCCCAGGAAGUGCAGGGGUGCCAGGGACCCCAGGAGAACGAGGUCUAACUGGUGUCAAGGGAGAAAAAGGAAAUCCAGGCAUUGGAACCCAAGGUCCAAGAGGCCCCCCUGGGCCAGCAGGACCUUCAGGGGAGAGUCGGCCAGGAAGCCCUGGGCCCCCUGGCUCUCCUGGACCAAGGGGCCCUCCAGGUCACCUGGGAGUACCUGGACCACAAGGUCCUUCCGGCCAGCCUGGAUACUGCGACCCCUCUUCAUGUUCUGCCUACGGGGUGGGAGCUCCUCAUCCCGAUCAGCCGGAAUUCACCCCUGUCCAAGACGAGCUGGAAGCCUUGGAACUAUGGGGCUCUGGGAUCUGACAGCCUCAGGAGAAAUUUGAAGAUCUACCGCAAAAACUCUUAGGGAAACUUAUUCAAGAAGAAUGUCAUUAUGUGGUUUGUAUGCUACCUUUGGGGGGUCUGUUUCCUCGACCUAAAUCUCCUCCUUGGAUAUUCUUAACAUUGCCGUUAUUAUUAACAAAAAAUUAUAUUUUUUAAAAAUCCCCUUAAUCUAUGACCCCAUAGCAUUGAUUUCUCUCUGUUAUUUUAAUGGCAUGCCAGAUUAUUUGUUUUUCCGGAGAAGAGUGCUCAAAGAGAAAUUGGCAAAAAAUUUGAACUCUGGAAUCUUUUCUGUGUUAAAUGAUCUCAAGACCCAAAAUAUAACGAGACAGGUAUGAUUGUAUUCGAGGGACCUGAGGUCCUAGCAGAGCAGGAAUUUAAAAAGAUUCAAAGAUUAUGCCAUUUAUCCCUAUCCCCUAUAGCAUUGCUGAAGAGAAAAAGGGACAUUAUUGGAGAAACUACCUCUUGUUUAAUUGAUCUGUUCAACUCUGAGAUCCCUUCUUAACUACUUUGACCAGAAUCCAAGAAUAUGUGUUAGAAUAUAACUUUUCUGAAUUUGGUGACUUUAAAAAUGGAUUUAGUUUUUCAGUGGUUUUCAACAUGUUAAAAAAUGACUUUUCACCGGUUCUGAUGCAAAGAGAUCCAAUCUCGAUGAAUGAUUUAUCUAGCAGUAUUCCAAGGCUCGCCCUCCUUGUCUACAUGGAUCACUUUGUACGUGCAGAUAAGUUUUUACAAACCUAUUUCCAUUCUCUUUUGUGAGCAAAUAAAAGUUUAAAACAAGAUACGUGGAUUCUUUUUAGCACAUUUCUAAACAUCACCUUAAACUUUUGUAGUCUUAGCUGAGUUUUAACCAGAAAAACAACAAUUGCCUUCCUUUAGACAGGCAUUCAAGCUUUCAUUCAUUCAGGAGCUCAUUCAUUCAUUCAUUCUGAGCGUAGUAGGAAGCCUAAGAGAAGAAGCAGUUGAGGUGGGCCUAAAAGGCUGGUAGAAUUUUAUCAUUCACUUAUCACCCCCCAGACAGCAAUGGCAGAGAAAAUACAAGACUGGUGCUAAAUAACUGUUUGCCAGUGGUUGACUGAGGAGCCCAUCUAUCUUCUGGUAUCAAGAAAAGCCUGUAAAACUCUAGAAGGUAGAGAGGAAAUGAAGUAGAAUCUAAUAGACACUAAUCUCUAAACUAUAAUUUGUCUUUUGCUCCCAAAGGAAAAAUCUAGAUAUUUGGGAAAGAUUUGGGUUCUGUUAUUUUGCUUGUUGAAAAUAGGAAUGAAAGAGAACCAUAAACUUAAUGUAUGCUCCUUUUCCUGUAGCAUCUCCCUCAUAACAGCUGGUUUUAAGUAGAGAUGGGGUCAUUUGUAACCAGAAGUUGGAUUCUCCCUCGAUCAGGAAGGUCUUCUGACCUUCUUUGGUUCCCCUCACCACGCAGAUCUGGUUUAAGACCUUUCCAGCCAAAGGAUUCAAACAAUAGGCUCUACUUGUGUGCGUUCGGGGAUCCAGGCAAAGAGUUUUUUGGUGCCUUUGUGGGAAUGAAAGAAGACAGUGAGCAGAUAACCCACAGCUGUUCCCUAUUAGUUACGGCGUAUGAUUCCACGUGUAGAAAGCAGGACAGAUGAGGAAAGCUUGCAACAAGGUUAGUCAGGAUGGCUGACCCAGAAUCACCGGAGAAAACUCCUCUUAAGUGACCGGGGUAUGUCAUUAGUUACUUCAUACCUUUAUGUCUCAGAUUUCUUAGUCUUCUAACAAGUGAGUAGAGAGAAGGAUAUUCUGUAUGUUUUAGUGUUUGGCCCUUGGAAAUGCAUAAUCUAAUACCGUGUCACUCAGAAGACUCUCGAAGUUUGUUAUAAUUGGUGAAGUAGAAACCACUGUGGGUCCUAAUCCAUUCACAUCAUUCUUGAGUUGUGCAAAUACUCUUGGCUUUGGUUUUACUUGGUGAUCUAAAUUUGUUUAUUAAGCUACAGGAAGGUUUCAUUAAGUUCAGAAUGUGUCAUCACUUGGGCCCAGUACAUCAGACUUUUAUUGAGUGAAAUGUUCAAAAUAAAAGGUGUAACAGAUUCAGGACUUUUGCGUUUAUGAUACAUUGCCUGGUAAUAAAAGCUGAUUUUGAAUUGCA